AUGGCGGAACAUCAGGAGAAGCGGCAGCUGGUGCUUCGGCGCACGUCACUGCUGGCAUCGUUGGCUCGAACGGGACAGUUCUUGGAGGCAUACGAAGAAGAGCGGGAUAGGCUAGAGGUGGCACUGCGAAUCGAAAAUCUGGAUACGAUUCGGCAGAGUCUUGAAGACAUUCAGGCGGUUCUGGAAGGCAUCGAGGAGUCAAACGCAGGCUGGUCUGCUUUCGAAAUUGCCGUCGUACAUUCCUACUGGCAAUCCCAAUCCUAUCCCCCUACGGUUUCCUCCAGUAUCAAGGGUCUUAAGCUUCCGACGAUUACUCUGCCUGAAUUCAACGGGGAUUACAACGAGUGGUUGGCCUUCCAUGGCACCUUUCUGGCGUUGAUCCACUCGAACCAGGACGUUCCAGAUAUCCAAAAAUUCCACUACCUGAAGUCAUCAUUAAUUGGAGAAGCUGCUCAGGUCGUCGAGUCAUUCGCGAUUAGUGCUGCCAACUAUCCACUGGCCUGGCAAGCACUGGUGAGCAGAUAUGCAAACGAAUACCUCCUCAAGAAGCGACACCUGCAGGCGAUGUUAGAGAUCCAUUGGCUCGGUGAACCAGUGGACGCUUGGAGCACAAUAUUGGAGCAUUUGCUGUGCGUUCGCCUUCCAGACGAUUCUCUCAAGGCGUGGGAAGAUCAUGCAUCAACGACCGAGAACCCAACCUACGAUGCUCUCAUUGAGUUCCUGCAUCGGCGCAUCCAUGUACUGGAGUCCAUUUCGGUCAAUCACGCUCAACCUCCGCCACAGUACGUCACCUCUCAUGUUUCUUCCACUCGAAAAACCUCCAACAUGGAAUUUUCGUCCCAUGCAGCGGUCGAUAGUCCUCCCAUCAAGUGUUAUGCUUGUGAACAGCGCCAUCCGUUGGUGAAGUGCACGAAGUUCAAGAAAAUGAGUGCAGCUGACCGGCUGACCCUGGUCAACGUGAACCGGCUUUGCUUGAACUGUUUCCGGUCUGAUCAUUUCUCGAGAAACUGUCCGUCGAGAUACACGUGCAGGUUUUGCAAGAGGCGUCAUCAUUCUCUACUCCAUUCUGGAUUCGGAGACAAUCCAAUUACCUCCGGAUCAAGUAAUGAGACGCAGGUGUCUGCCAACGUAAAUCUGGCCUCAGCGAGUGACGAUUUAACAUCGUCCGUUCUAUCGGCAGCCGCACUGCAGUUUACAGCCCAGCCUCAAGAGAUUGAGAGAAACGUUUUCAUGCUAACAGCAAUCGUUGUGGUCAUUGAUCGCUAUGGCAAGGAGCACUUGGCACGUGCUCUGUUGGAUUGUGGAUCCCAACCCAACCUGAUUACCGAGAAGAUGGCUCAAUUACUAAGGCUGAAGCGAAGCAAGACGAAAGUUCUUGUCCAGGGAAUUGGUCCACAACCACAGAACGUGAGGGAGUCCGUUCAUGUUCAGAUCCGGUCCAGGAAGGAGAACUUUUCCGUGGAUGCCGAUUUCCUGAUUCUUCCGAAGGUCACUCCUGAGAUACCCGUCCACAAUGUUCCAGUAGAUCAUUGGAACCUUUCACCGGAGCUCUUCCUGGCUGAUCCCCAGUUCCAUAAGCGUGCGCUAAUAGACAUGAUUCUGGGGAUUGAACAUUUCUUCUCAUUCUUCCAAUCGGCGAACAGGAUCAACUUGUCUGAAUUGCUUCCCAUGCUGAUCGACAGCGUUUUCGGGUGGUUAGUGUCUGGCUCAGCAAGCAAGGUACCUACUAUAAGUCAGGAUCCUUCACGCUCCAUUGUAGCGGUAUCCCUGUUCAAUCUGCAAGAGAGCAUCGAGCGAUUUUGGAAGGUUGAACAGUUGCCGGUCCGGUCCGAUUAUUCAUUAGAGCAGAAGCUGUGCGAAGAACUGUUUUCGUCUACCACUUCGAGAGAUCCAGAGGGGCGAUACAUGGUACACCUGCCUCGUCGAUCAAACUUUGAGCUGAUUGGCUACUCCAAGUCAAUGGCACUCAACCGAUUCAAUUUACUAGAACGAAGACUCGAGCGUAAUCCUGAACUGAAGGAAGAAUAUUACAAGUUUAUGGCGGAAUAUCUCUCCCUUGGUCAUAUGCGUCGUGUUCAAGACAGCAGCAAGAACCAGUCUAAAGGAUACUAUCUCCCGCAUCACCCGGUGGUGAAGGAAGCCAGCACGACUACAAAGGUACGUGUAGUCUUCGAUGCGUCGGCCAAAACCUCUACAGGCUUUUCCCUAAACGUAGCUCUGUUAGUAGGUCCCGUGGUACAGGACGAUCUCCUGUCAAUCAUUCUUCGGUUCCGGACGUUUCUUGCCAAAAUGUACCGACAAGUCCUUCUCCAUCCGGACGAUACACUCUUCCAGAGGAUCUUGUGGAGGUUCAGCCAGUCAGAUCCAAUCGAAAUUUUCGAGUUGAUGACGGUGACAUAUGGCUUGAGUCCAUCCUCUUUCUUUGCUACACACACGCUGCAGCAGCUGGUUAUUGAUGAGGGCAGCACAUAUCCACUGGCUGGACCAAACCUCGUAAAAAACUUCUACGUUGAUGACUUUAUUGGUGGAGCCCAAACCAUCGAAGACGCUGUACAAUUGAGGACGAAACUGAGUGAACUUCUGAAGAAAGGCGGCUUCGAACUUCGGAAGUGGACAUCCAACCAGAUAUUGGUGCUCUCAGGUCUCUCAUCCGACGAAAUUGGCACGCAGUCGUCGAUCAAGUUCGAAGCAAAUGAAACAGUGAAAGCUCUCGGCAUUUCAUGGGAACCCGAAUCCGACAAUCUCCAUUUUGACUUUAAGAUCCAUCAGCACAAGGGGGCUCCGACUAAACGCUCCAUUCUUUCCGCAAUCUCACAACUGUUUGAUCCUUUGGGGUUGAUAUCGCCGAUUAUCAUAAGGGGCAAGAUGCUGAUGCAACGGUUGUGGUUGCUUCCGUGUGGUUGGGACGACGAAGUUCCGGACUAUAUUUUUAAGCUUAGUGAGAAGCAACAGCGGUUCGGCGAAGCAAAUACCCAUCAGAACGAGGAACAGCACGAUAUAGAUGAGCUGCAAAGGGACAUGGUUUAG